AUGUAGCAGUGGAGACGUAAAUUGUCAACGGCUCAACCAAAUUGUGGAAUGAUUUGAACAGAAUAUAGACUAACGUGCGAUAAGUAAGAAUGAUAUAGUUGUGAGGUUAACGUUUCAUGAAAAUUUUUAUAAAAGCUUGAGGUCAACAGUUUUGGAUUGAGGUGAACAAUCUUGAAAAAGUAAACAAUUCAAUGUGGAGGUCAACAAUUAGGACAGAGAAUAGCAAAAGAGAAAUUUUUGAUCAGGCAUACAGAGUUGACAUUUAAAGGAAUUAAUUAACAACAUCCCGGGCCGACAAUCUUUAUAUCCCAAGUCAACAGUCUUUUCAUAUCAUAAUCGUAUCCCGUAACAUGAAGAAAAGAACAUUAUGUUUAUUUCAAUCACUAUGAAACAGAAUGGGUUGUACGCCCAGUAUUCAUGUUUCUCAAACUGGCGUUGUAUAUUGUCGAGAUAGUGACGAGUCUACCUCACCCCGUCCAUCAAACUUAACAGGAGCAACAGGGACAAAAAUUAGCGAUACCGCCACAGGAAGUGGUGCGAGAGGGGGGUCAAGUAUUCAGGGCUCAAGCUCUGGGAAAUAUCGAGCGUUGGAGACACGACGUGGAACGAUUGAGGCAGAAACGCAAACUAGUCACAUGAUCAUGAAGGUAAGUAGCGACAUUGUCACUGUGUUAUGUUAUAAAUCUUGUAGUGGAGUAUAUUUAUUUUGCC